AUGAGUGGCAAUCUCACCGGCUUCUUCUACGGCACUCUGAUGGCCCCCGAAAUCUUCUUCAGCGUGUGCUACGGCACAAGUGCCCCGCCGGCGGCCAUUCAGGCGCUGCACACGUUCUCGCCGGCGGUGCUCAACGACUUUUGCCGGCACCGGGUGCAAUUUGCCGACUACCCAGGCAUUGUGCCGGAGACGGGCCAGUCGGUGCGGGGCAUUUACGUGACAGGGCUGACAACGGCAAAUAUGCAGAAGCUGGACCACUACGAGGGCAGCGAGUACCGUCUGGAGACUGUCAAGGUGCGGCUGGACGGCGAGAAUAAGGGGGCCGCCGGCAAGGAGGUGGAGACAAGGACGUAUGUAUUCUUGAAGCCAAAGGAGCUGGAAAAGAGAGAGUGGGACUUUGAAGAGUUCAAGAGGGACAAGAUGAAGAUGUGGACGAGAAACGGGUACUGCGAGGGGGACCUGAAGGAGUAG